ACAGCAGCAGCGUCCUCUGGUAGUUCCUCCUUUUCGACGACAAGGGGACGGAAUUUCGUUUUCAUCUCAACUGAAUCCGCUGGUGAAAAUGGCGGAGGCAGCGUUUGAAAGCCAACCUAGGUUGAACAGAUUUUAUUGUCAUUCCUGCUCAGCUGAAAUCAGUCCAAAUCUACCUGAUUUCACAUGUCCCCGCUGUGAAAAUGGAUUUGUAGAAGAAAUUACAGAAGAUUUUUCCAACACACCAAGAACUACGCCUUCACAACAAGAUCAAGAUUCUGUAAGCUAUGUUUUAGAUUUCUGGGAUAACUUUAGAAGUCAUGCUCUUCGCCCAAGAGAGACUCAACAGCAAGACAGAGAUGAUGAUGGUAGUGAACGACGAAGUAAUGGUAGGCGUCGGCCUAAUCAAAGAGAUAGACCUCAGUUUUAUGAUAUAGAAAGGCUAUUAUUGCAAUUUAUUAGUCCUUUGCAACCAGAAAUGCCAAAUGCUGGAAUGUUAAACAUAUUUCCUCUUCAUGCUAACCCUGGGGACUAUGCAUGGGGUGCCGGUGGAUUAGAUUCUGUUAUAAGCCAGUUGAUGAAUCAAAUUGAUGGAGCAGGUAUCCCUCCAGCUGACAAAGACAAAAUAGAUGCUCUUGCUCUGACUGAGAUAAAGAAAGAACAAGUUGACAAAAACCUCCAAUGCCCAAUAUGUCUAAAUGAAUUUGAGUUAAGUGAACAAGUGAAAGAAUUGGGUUGCAAUCAUCAAUACCACAUAAAUUGUAUAGAUCAGUGGUUAUCAAGGCAUGGGAAUUGUCCAGUUUGCCGAAAGGAUUUAAAUGGAAGAGAUACGACUGCAAAACACUAUUCAUCUUCGACCUCUAUGGACUUAAGCUGAAAAAAUCCCUAAAUUUCACACUUCAGAUUUUCUUCCCUUCCAACAUUUUGUUUUCAAUACUUUUAUUUUUGGAACCUCUUUUAUGUAUCCUGGACCUAUUCAUGCAUUUAAUUAUGAAUGUAUGUUUACAAAAAAAAGAUAAUGAGUUCUUUAUACAUGCACAAGCAUUCAUAUCUUAUCAAGAAAAAAAAUAUACUGUAUAAUUUGUCAAUUGUAAUCCAUUGGAUUUCCGUGUUCAUUUAAUGAAUGUGGAAAUAAGAGAUUGCCAACCCUUGCACUUGUGUGUGAUAGUUAAAAAAAAAAAAUUAAUAUAUUAGCAUGAAAAUAAAUGUAAUUUCAAGACGCAUUCAUUAAGUAAUUAAUAUUUGAGAAGAGUGAAAAGGAAGAAAACUUUUUAUUUCAGUUUAGAUGGUGAAAGGGAAGAAAUAAAAGAAAAUAAAGACUAUUACAGUGUGAGAAAGAUUUGAGACAAAAAUCAUCUCUUCAAAUAAAACUUGACAUUUUCUAUUGAUGACUCGAGAAAAACAAACUUUGGUGUUGUGAAUAUCUGAUGUAACAUGACGUUUUGUAUGUACAAUGUAUAUAAACGUAUCUACCCUCCAGAGCUUACAUGAUUGAUGAAAGGUAGUUAGAAAUCUAUUAAAUCGGUCUUCAAAAUAGUUUGGGGGGCAUCAAAUACAACAUUGCUCUUCCAUAAAUCAUUUCUUCUCUAGUUUUGUAGUUUUUUUUUUUUUUCUUUUGUUUUGAAGAUGCAAGUUUAGGGUCAGAAUUGUCUCUCAGAUUUUAAUUUUUAUUUGAAUGUUAACUUUUUCUUCGUGUGGAUAA